AUGCCCCGCAAGCCCGAUGCACGCCGCCGAGGCCGUGUCGCGAAUCCGCGCGAUACGCUUGACAUGCAGUCCCUAACCAUGCGGAUCCUGGACUUCGUAAACGAGCCGUACUUUGACGAGUGCCUGCGGAUAGCGCUUUCGUCGUACGGUCGCGAAGCGGCCGUGGACGUUCCCGACCACGGUAGACAGGGCGAGGACGUGCCUAUGGAAGUCGAUCCGUCCCCGUCCCCGCCACCGCCAAACCAGCUCGCACUUCGCGAGCGAACCUCGCGUGGGCGAAACACGUCCAAAGAUCGUACAGCGGCUCGGUCCGGAAGGGUCCUACCCGAUGCACACGAAACUGUCGGCACGCCCGUCGAGGGAUCUUCCACCGGAUCGAAACAAGAUCGCGUCGCGCAUCCGACGUUCGAAGCCGUGCGUGGCUAUACCGUCAGCGCUCAGGGCACGGAUGGGACGUUUCGACUCGGGCCAGCGGCUGGCGUGGCCGGACCUCGGAGCUCGGACUCACCGUGCGUCCCGCACGCCUCUCCGCCCUCCAUCGUGCCCGCAUCGGCAGACCUGAAUCCCAUCCGCAGGGUACGCCGUCCGUCCAGGGGGGUCGAUGAGGAAACGCGGGACACAGGGUCCUCGUCCGAGAACACCUUCGCGGAUAUCGUGCGACGCCUUCAGGGCAUCGAUCGCAUCCGAGAGCAGGUCGAAUCCCAACGCGAACUGCUCUCCUCGACGACGGACCUCAUCGGCCGCUUAGCGGCGGAUCGCGUCGCAUCCGCUGAGACCCUCGACCGGAUCGUGGACGAGAUGCGAGAAGUCACGCGAGUCCAAGCCUCGCAUAUGGAGACGCUGAAACAGCAAUCGGAGGCGAUGCGUGCUAUGUCCGAAGAUAUCAAGACGAUAUCGGAGACCGUCGCCACGCUUUGGGGUGCCUUGGGGAGAGUCCUGCAGGUCACCAUGUCGAGUACAUAA